AUGGGGCGUUCUUCAUCCGGUGGUGGAAGAGGACAUGUGACUCCUCAGAAAGUCAAGAGCAACUUGAGUUCAACAGUUGUGAAACAUCUAUUUUCAACAAAAGAUGAAAACGAUGGAAAGGCAAGAUCGUCGUACAAAGAUGCCGAAGAAAGAGUGAUUGAUUAUAUCGAAGCUUCUGGAAUGAAAUGUUCCAAAGACAUGGUGAAAUCAAUUCAAGAUGGAAAGCCAACUCAAACUGAAGCUGUUGCAAGAGAAACAGAGAUGGCCCAAAACUAG